AUGAGGAGCCCGCGCUGCGUCCCGCUCCUGCUGCUGCUGCUGCUCACGCCCCCCGCCGGGGACGCCGCGGUGAUCACCGGGGCCUGCGAUAAGGACCCCCAGUGUGGUGGAGGCAUGUGCUGUGCUGUUAGCAUCUGGGUUAAGAGCAUAAGGAUCUGCACACCUAUGGGCAAAGUGGGAGACAGCUGCCAUCCACUGACUCGUAAAGUACCGUUUUUUGGGCGGCGGAUGCACCACACUUGCCCGUGUCUGCCGGGCUUGGCCUGUUUACGGACUUCAUUCAACCGAUACAUUUGCUUAGCCCGAAAGUAA